UGUGACCAUCCCAUCCAGUUUCCACCACAAUUUCAUACUGUAUACCCACCCAUCUUGUUCCUUGCAAAACCAAAAGGAAUGGACAUCCAUGGAGUAGUCAAAAAAAUGUGAAAAUGGGUGUUGGCCUGUACACAUUCUGCUCUCUUCCUACCUCCAGUACCAUUCCUUUGCGUAGCAAAUCAAACCACAACUCUUUCAUUUUCAAUACCCCUACUAAAUCCUUGCAAACCCAUCUUCCAAAACCAGCGAAUUUCUCCGUGCCUCAGGCUUCGAAAUGCAGCGGAGUUGAAGAAAUGGAGACCCAUCAAGGGAAUUUAUGAGCUUUAUCGUUGAUCCUCACAAAAUUGACCCACAAUUGCUUCAGAAAAUGGAAUAUGAUGCGCUCGUAUGGAGUUCCCUUCAUGGGCUUCUUUUUGGAGACAGGAAUUGACAGAGAUCAGGAAGAGUGCCUGGCGUGGGCAUGGGUGAUGCCCCAUUUUCUUUUUUGCCUAUGCCAUUUCGGGAAAGUCAUUGGAAACAAGUAUGCCAAAUAGCUCCCAUUUUCAAUGAACUCGUGGAUCGCGUGAGUUUGAAUGGAAAAUUCCUACAGGAUUCGCUAUCCAGGUCAUGCUCAAAACAGAAUCUUUUUUCACCGGUUUAAUGGGCUAGAAUUCUCUCUACUUUUCAGGAGCUUACUUCAUCAAUACAAACAAUACCUUGCACUAAAUCCUGAAAGGAUUCCACAAAACAGUGCUGUUACUCAGUUUGCUGAAGCAUUGUCUAAAGCGUGGAGUGAAUAUAAUAACCCGAGGGCAGUGGUUAUUGUUGUUGUACAAACUGAAGAACGAAAUAUGUCUGAUCAACAAUGGCUUUGUAAAACGUUGAAGGAAAGAUACCCUUUUGAGUCAUGUAAAAUGCCUCUCAUUGUACAUUUUUUCAUUUAUGAAUAGCAAGACAAAGAUGUAUAAGAAAAUGUUCUAAACAUCACUUAAAUGCAACUCGUCUUCCAGUUUUUGAGGCAAAAAUAUCAAUUA